UUUUCAUUGUCAUUGUCAUUUCCAUUUUAUUUUCCCCUUUCUUCUUCUGAAAUCCGUGUCCAGAGACUGAGAAUUUGAAAACCCUAAUUACAGAUCCGGCCAUGGCAUCAACUAAGGAACGUGAGAAUUUCGUCUACGUUGCAAAACUCGCUGAACAAGCUGAACGUUAUGAUGAAAUGGUGGAUUCGAUGAAAAAUGUGGCGAAACUUGGUGUUGAAUUGACUGUUGAAGAGAGGAAUCUUCUGUCUGUUGGUUAUAAGAAUGUGGUUGGAGCUCGUAGGGCUUCAUGGAGAAUCUUAUCUUCGAUUGAACAAAAAGAAGAAUCUAAAGGUAAUGAACAGAAUGUCAAAAGGAUCAAGGAGUACAGACAGAAAGUUGAAUCGGAACUAUCCAAAAUCUGUAGUGAUAUUAUGGCUGUUAUCGAUGAGCAUCUCAUUCCUUCAUCUUCACCUGGUGAAUCUAACGUUUUUUACUUGAAGAUGAAAGGUGAUUACUACCGCUAUCUAUCUGAGUUUAAGACUGGUAAUGACAGGAAAGAGGCGUCUGAUCAGUCCUUGAAGGCAUAUGAGUUGGCUUCCACUGCUGCUGAGGCUGAUCUUUCUUCCACCCACCCUAUUCGAUUGGGGUUGGCAUUGAACUUCUCAGUCUUCUAUUAUGAGAUAAUGAACUCCCCUGAAAGGGCCUGCCACCUUGCAAAGAGUGCUUUUGAUGAAGCUAUAACAGAGCUGGAUACUCUGAGUGAAGAAUCGUAUAAAGACAGUACUUUGAUUAUGCAACUGUUGAGGGAUAACCUUACCUUGUGGACUUCUGACAUUCCUGAAGAUGGAGAUGAAGCUCCGAGAAUGGAAACCGCUGCUAAGACAGCUGCUGGGGAAGAUGCAGAGUGAAAAAUGGAGAUGGACCGCACGGGGGGUUUGGCAUGUAAACAGAAAGAAAGAAGGGCGAUGUCAUCAUAUCUACAUAUUCGGUCUUUAGUUGGAAGAUAAAAGAUUUAUGAACAUCUAUCCUCUAAUUGCUAUCCUCCUUAUUUGUGUUUGUCAUUUUAGAGUAUUAAUCAUCAUUCAUGUUUGGACAUAUAUACAUGGUCGGUCGGUCCUGUAACUCUUGAUUGCAUAGCCUAUCUUGUUCCAUUGUCUCUGGUCUUGGAGAAAUGGAAUUGUUGCUUUACAAGGUUUUCUUCUUUUUAUUCAUGGAAAAUGCAAUGAAGUUCGGAUGGACGACUCUUUAAGUAGAGCUAAUAUAGUGUUGCUUUUGUUAUCU